AUGUCUCCAAAUUCAAAUUUGUGUUGGUGUACCUUCCAACAACCACAAAUUCUAGUUGAAUAUGACGACGUUGAAUGGCAGAGACGUGAAUGGAUUUGUCCACAUAAAGAUGGGUUAUUCCAUCUAUUUAUGGUAGAGCAAGUGUUGGUAUGGGCAAACCGCAGGGAUCCGUUUUCCCCUUCACAUGGUUCAGUGCUGUGGCCAUCGCUGACAUUUUCUGCUUUGGUAUCAACUGUAAAUAUCCCCUCCCACCUCCAACCAAUAGAGUUUUUAGUUGAUCAUAAUCUAGCUUUCAAAGACUACAAGCAACUAAAGCCUUAUCAGAAUUGGGAUAGACCACUGCCAGGGGUAAAAGACUACCCCGAACUGAAACUAGCCGUAAAGCGUUGGACGGAACUUCAGGAUGGUCAACGGAUUUUGUUAACCACCCCUAGUGUUCUUGUUGGAUAUAGAGUUGAAGUUUAUAGGGCCGAAGGCACGACCCAAUGGUACACAGCUGUGAUAAUUGGAUACAACGAAGCUACUAGACGUUCGGGCGGAGUUUAUUGCCCUGGUGUUGGUCUUCACAAUGUCCGCGCUCGAUCUAAUUUGGUUCAGUAUUGCCCAUAUCAUCCAGUUGCAGUUCAAACCAGUGGAUGUGUUUCGGAAGAUACCAGGCUGGAGGUUUCAUGGGAACGCCACUAA